CUCUUCACCGCGCAAAGGAUUGUCUUGCGUGUGAAGGAAGUGCGAGUGGACUUCGGACAGCGGCUACGGUUCAUUGAUCCCUGAAUGUUAAUCAUUGUAUCUAAAUGAGACGUCUAUCUAAAGAUCGGAUGAUGAGAAGAUGAAGAAAGAAGCCGGAGAAACGACGAAUUGUCAUUAGUGUCGAUUCUUGCAUCAUUCAGGAAAAAGAUGAUGUUUACAAUUUUACCCGCCAAAUCUUCUGCCGGACAGGAACUCGUCGUAUGGAACACUUUGGAUUUCUUUUCUCUACGUCAAAAGUGGCUGGAAGAGUCGGCUUUCCGCAUUCUAGUUUUAAUGCAACACCCUAUGUUACUACUGGUGCUAUACACUCUUGCUAUCUUAAGGAUAGCUGGUGCUUGUUCAUCACGUUCCACGCCAAGGCCCAGACCCCCUCCUCAACCUACGAUGAGGCCGAAUAUUACAUUCCAAACCUAUGCUUGUCCUGAGGCCUAUGCCAAGUGGUAUUGCUUAAAUGGAGCCACGUGCUUCUCUGUUAAAAUAGGAGAAUCCAUCUUGUACAAUUGCGAAUGUGCAGAUGGCUAUGUUGGCCAAAGAUGUGAAUUUAAAGAUUUAGAAGGUUCUUAUCUAGCAUCCAGGCAACAAGUUAUGAUAGAAACUGCUAGCAUCGCUGGUGGAAUUACUCUUCUUAUAAUAAUAUUAGUGGUUGUCUGUGUUGCAGUAUAUGUUCAUAUCAAAAAGAAGAGAAAAGAACAAAUGCAUCCUGUAACUCCAGUCUCCCAAGCAUAUGAACCUUUUAGUGCCUUUAGAGAGUCUGAUAGUCAUAUUGAAGACAAAACUAUAAAUUUACAUGAUCCAGAAUGUGGGCACGGAGAAAGGCACCACGUCGGAGCCACAGUUCACUCUGCAUCGAGCAGAGCGAGGACUUCACUGUGACAAC